UCCGUUUCCAAACGGCAACUUUGUACAGUCGAACCGAGCCGCAGACCGAGUCCAGCGGGAAGGACUGCGCUGUUCGGCUCCAGGAUGUGCCACCCGGGACUCUUAUUCUCUCUCUGGAUACCGUCGGGUGGAGAAUAACCGCGGACUUUUGGAAAUAAGUGCUUUUUGAGAAACUUUGCCGGUUAACGAGGAAUAGCUAGUUACGCGAACCGCGGCGAAGAUUAGCCAACUAAGCUAACAGGCAUAUUCAAUGAGAGGAGUGUGCGGCUCUGCAUGUUUACUGAAACCUUUAGCUCUUUGACAGUGGUCUAGUUUAACACAGCCAGCUCGUGUAGAUUGAGACCUGCUACGUACGGCAGCAUGGAUACCAAUAAGCAUAAUUCGUGUUGGGGGCGGUUGUCAGUCGUGGGUGCUCGCCUUCAUUGAUCUUAACAAAUAACUGCUAUGAGGUCGCCAGGACGUUCCUCCGUGGAGGUGUGCUAAACUGUCAUCAUCGAAUUCACUUGCAAAGAAUGUCCGACUCGGAAAGUUCCAGCUCGUAUUUUGGUUUGGAGGAUCCGCAGUGGCUGUGCAUGGUCACACUGUUCGUUGCAUCCCUGGUCACCCUGGUGCUGUACUUCGUGCAGUAUUUCCAACAUGGGAUUGUAGGAAACAAGCGGGGAGCAGCAGGAGACAAUGCGGCGGCGAAGGAGGAGGAAGCCGCCGCUCUGCUGGGAUGGGCGCUGUCACUGAAAAGCUGGAAAAGUCAGUGGAGAGGAGCCUGGUGCAGGGCUUUGAAUGACCAGGCGAGGAAGCGAGGGGGUGGUGUUGUGUUGACAUUUGAAGAGGAUGGCCUGGACGCAUCGGAGCUCCUGCUCAGCCAAGUGUCCAGCUUCCAGAAGUCUGCCACCAACAAGGCCGCUUGCUGCAGCGUGGUCGGGGAGAAGCUUCAGUUCUCUCUUCAUGCAGCUUCGACAGCCAUGGCUACAGCAGAUCCUUGUAAAUACACAGUCUGUAUCGCUCCACUGGAGAUGCAGCUUCAUCUACGCAUGCAAGAAGCUGAAGAUGAGGUCAAGGUGAGCUGGGGCGUGUCCCACCUGGAGACCGGGGAGCUGCAGGUGACGCCCACUUUCACCCAGGACAAUGCCAACACUUGCAGCGUCGCAGCCAUAAAGGAGCAGUUGAGGCAGCUGCUGUGUGCGACUCGUCCCUCUGUGCUACUGAGCUGCAGGCCUGCUCAGGCCUCAGAGGUCAAGGAAGCCCACAACAAAGUGGCAUCGCCCCCAAAGCCCCCCCGCGCCCACGACUGGAAGCUGCUAGUGAAAAACAUCCGGGUCACACUCAAUCAGGAGGAAGAUGCUGCAGGCAGCAUGAAUCCUCUGUGUGUCCUGCAGUUAGAUGAUCCUCCACAGAGGUUUAACACCUCUGUUUUAAAGAACACAACUAAUCCUGCCUGGGACCAGCCGUUUAUCUUUGAACUGAAUGGACGAUCAAAGGAGCUCAAUAUUCAGUUGGUGAAUGAUGGACAACCUCAAGAGAAUUCCUCACUAGGUCAGGUUUCAGUGCCUUUUGAUCUUGUAAAGAAGCAGCCCAAAGGACAGCAAACAUUUGCACUCAUGACCAAAGACACAGUGACGGGAUCACUUACUACUGACUUUACCUACCUGGAGCCCAGUGAGGUGAGGUCCUGGCACCCUCCGACCCCAGCCUCCAACAAGAGGGUGGAGAUGGACCGUACAGUCAUGCCCUGUGGCACCGUGGUCACCACCAUCACAGCGGUGAAGAGCAAGCCGGGUCGACCACUCCCGCUGAGCAUAGAUCCUGCCCAGAAAGCGGUGGUCAACAAGCCCAAGCUUGCAGAGCGUCGCGUUUCAGAGCAGGUGUCUAUGCUGGGAGGAACCGUCAGCAAGGCCCUGUCCUCCUCCGACACUGAGCUGCUGAUGCUCAAUGGAACGGACCCAGUGGCUGAAGCAGCAAUCAGACAACUCCACCAGUCUGCCAAGCAGAAGCUCAAGUCCCCAGUGAAGAAGAGCACCAUCAUCAUCUCAGGCAUCGCCAAAACGCCGCUGUCUCAGGAUGACGAGCUGGCUCUGAUGGCAGGCUACGCUGCAGCGAUGGAUGCCUCCAUGUCAGAGGGCAGCUCUACUCAGGAUGUGACCACAGCGAUUGCAUCAGGGACCAGCAGCCUGCCGGAGGUGUCCGAGCCCCAGGAGGGCCCCAGUGGAAUAGGCCGGCCUCCAGACGACUGGGAGAGCCACGCCGGAGAGGAACUAGACCAUACCUCGCUUUCCAUGUGUGUGUCUGAGGCGAGCUGCAAGAAGAGCCGAGGCAGCUUCCUGCAGAAGAGUGCCAAGCUCUUCUUCCGGCGGCGUCACCAGCGCAAAGACCCGGGGAUGAGCCAGUCCCACAAUGACCUGGUGUACCUGGAGUCUCCAGCCGCAGUGGAGCGAGCCAGCCGAACAGCCACGCUUAGCCGCAUGCUCAACCGCAAGAGUAAGAAUAAGAGCAAAGCCAACGGCUCUACCUCCACGGGGGAGCCACACGCGUGACCUCCCCGUCCACCGAGCCCUCCACCUCAGUCCCUCCCACAACAGCUACCAUCAUCACCUCCACCUUAAAAGAUGCACUGGCUAACAUCCUGGCUAUUCUGCUCCCGCUAAUGCCCGACCUGCACACCAGGGCUCCUGCAUUGUGAAUGGGAAGGCAGUGCAGGUGGAAAAAUACCUUCUUUUACAGCCGUAUCCUGCUUCAGUGCUUCUUAGAGGAAGCAGACAUUCCAUUAAAAGUGUGUGCACGUGUGGAUGAAGGUAUCCUGUCCUGGAUUGAUGGCAUUUUAGAAGAUAUUAUUUUUUGCAUGUUUCUUUUAUUUGAUUUUAUGCAACAUUUUGAAAUCUUUAAGUGCUUUUAUGGCCUCAUGACGGACCAAAGGGACUGGUAUGGGCCGCCGCUUUACCUCACCGACGCUGAGGGCGAAGAGAAAACUCUCCCUGCUGUAAACCGUGCGCUUUCUGCGGUGGAUCAACAGGACCAAAGAUGAAGAGCAGAGUGGCGUUUGUAUGAUUUGCACAACUCUAGUAACCUUUGACUUCAAGUGCAAUGACAGGAGCUCCUCUCACGAUAGAGACUCUUCUGUAGUUCUUCAUGUUGAACACAAACAUUCACAAAGGGAGACCGUCUUUUCACUGCACCAGUGGGAGAAUAAUACGACUACUUUUUGACACUAAUGUUAUGAGAUAAUUUGUUUUAAAUUUGUCUAAAUUGAUCCCAAAUAAAACUAGUAUGUACCGUGCAUAUAAAAGCUGUUAAACUGAGCUAUCCGAAACUUACGCCUAACAAAGAUAGCAAGUUGUUUCAGGUUAGCUGUUGGCACGCACAGAGGUCACGUUAUCGUCCGGCUAUUUAAAUAAGGCAACACCCUUCUAAACAUACAGCAGGGCAUUUGUGCUUUUUGCAGUGUUCUCGAAUGAUAUGCAACUUUCUCCUUUGUCUUCCUGAGAGAUUCCUCCUGUACACUACUGUUAUCAGCAGGGUGGUCGACGUGUCAAAAGGGAACCGAACGAACCAUUUAUCCAGGGACUGUGACGCUACGCUCGGCCGCAUCCAUGAAACCUGUUCGACGCUCACUUCAGUCCACAUCUGAAUGGAACAAACCGUUCUUUCUGUCAUUUAUUGUUUUGUUGUUUUUUUUUUUAAACCGUGUAGCUUUGAACAAAACGUGUGAACACCUUUGGGAGCAACCAAACUGGCUGCUUGUUUUUUUUUUUUUUUAUCCAGCUAAUGAUUGUAUUUUUUUGUGAGCAGCUUGUUUCUGUACUUCAUGUUAACUACUGUUCAUCAAUAAGUUAUUCUGCUCAGAUGCAGCGCGGUGACAGCCAACAGAUUGCCUUACAGUCAUUCUGAGGACGAUGUCGCAGCUGCUCAAGACUUUUUUUUUGUUUUUUCUCCUCAACUUGACGGGACUUUCAGGUCCAGAGGCUGCAUCUGUUAUCAGACAGAGGACUGAGAGCCUGGAGUGAACUGUUGGAAUGGCUCUGAUAGACGAGCGUACCACUGUGCUCCUGCACCAUCAGCAACGUCUAUAAUCCAGAAGCCUAUGCACAUAACAUAUCUGUUAACCGAGUGUUUACAUUAUUAGACUAUCUGAGAAUUAAAAACACUCACUCGUGACAACACUCUUGUGCAGAUGCAGUGUGGGUGUCUUUGUGUCUCGGUGUUCAUCCACCAUCACUGUCUGUUUAACAAAAAAAAAGGCCAGAUCGAGGCAGAAGAAAACGCUUCAAUCACUCAGACAGGAACGGAGAGGAACACGGGGCGUUUAAAUCGGCUUCCGAGCCCUCAGAGCAGCCUGCGAGCAUCAGCUACUCAUGUGCGUUUAGUUAGCAGUAGGGCCGUAUGUGAAUAAUAAACUGCUUCCUGAUGUUCUUUUAAUGGCAUCCGCUCUGUUUGUGCACAGCGACUUGCUGACUGGCUCGAACGUCAGUCACAUCCCUGCAGGGACUGUAACUAAUCUACAUAUCGAGGUAUUUCAUUUUCAGCAAUAAAUAUCGAUUGAAUAACUGA